AUGAAGCUCCUUUUCAUCCCUCUGAUGGAGGUGGUGGAGUGCCUCCUAUUCCCGGACAUCACAGGAUGGAGCAACUUCACACUGGUCGAAGAGCCCUUCCUUCCAACGGUCAAAGAGCUAGACGACAUGGAGGCACCCGAGACCACCGCGAGGUGGCACGUUUGGACGCUGAUUAUGCUUGGCAUUGCCUUCCUUGUGGCGGUCGCUGGCACGCUAAUCCUGAAAUGCGCUGAAUGCAAGACACAGAGACCAGGCGGCGAGUAUUGCACCGUGAAGGUGGCCUCCCGUCAGAUCUCCCGUGCAGAGGAACAGGACGGAACAACCGAUCGAUCCACCGCGGCCGUGUCCUUCGAGCCUCGGACUCUCAAGGUGCUACUUGCCCUCUCUCUCACGAUCACUUUCAAUACCAGCUUCGCCGCCUUAGCCUGGAGCAGCCGCACGGGGAGGUUGUCGAAAGACUAUGGUGCCGACUGGGAGGUGUAUGCUGGCCUCCUCGCUUGCAGUGGCCUGGCGCUGGUCUUGCAAGCUCUGAUCAUGGCAUGGCGCCUUCCUCCUGGUGAGAAGUUCGGAACUAUGGCUUUUGCCCAGGCCUGCAUCACCGGCAUGGCCCCCGUGAUUUCGGAUCAGUACGAUACCAUGAAGGACGUCAUGUUCGCCGUUCUCUGCAUGGAAUCCGAGCAUGCAGAGAUUCAAGUCAUGGGCGCUUUGUCCCUAGAGUGGCUGGUGAUCGUCCACGUGGUCUGCUUCACCUUUGAGGACACGACUGCGGAGCUUCUGGACUCGCACCUCUCCGUGUUGCUUCUCACCCCAGACACAGGAGCCGAGGAUGGGUCUCGAGCAAGCUCAUCUGCAUGGAGUUCGAGCACCGUGGCUUUCUGUGACAUGCUCCGGGACAAGCUCCUUGUGCUGCUGUAUAAGCAGCUGACCCCAACGAAAAGGCCAUUGCGGUCGAUGUGUGGCGGGGGUUCCUCCUUCUCCUCGAGAACCUCCCGCACCCAUCAUCUUCUUACGCUACGAAGGUGGAUCCGUCGUGGUGACGGUGUUGAGCUUGGCAAUUCCCGCGCUGCAGAUUGGGCUCACACUCCUGCUUUACAGCAGGGUCCGUGCGAAGAUCGCUCCCUACUUCGGGCGAAGGCUUCAAGCGCUGGUCCGGGGACAGGCUGCUGGCGCAGCGCCUCUGGCGCGAGGCCGACUUUGAAUCCGACAAAGAGCUCUUCCAGCAAGCGGUGGCCUUCAUGCACCGCAAGGAGAUCGGCGCGGAGCGGUACGACAGUGUCAUCAGCUUUUGGAAGGUCCUCCUGGCCAUGCACAGCAGACCCAGCGAGGAGCAGUGGGGCUUGA